AGCAGCAUCAGCGGCCAGUGUCCUAUAUUCCUCCAGCUCUCAUGGAACAGCACAGGCCCGCCAUUUCACUGAAUGCCUUCGCUGCUCUUCAAUCCUGCGGGUUUACAGAAAUAAGACAGGCGGCGGUCGAACGGCGGGAUUAGUGUCGGGACACGAGAGAUGAGUGACGAGCCUUUAGAACGCGCGAUUGGAACCCGUAACAAUGUAACAAUUCCGCCCGAGACAUUCGCUAACAUCAUUUGUGGAUUCAUCAUCGUGUCGCGCAGCGGAUAACUGUGUGCAAGGCUUCCCAUCUGCCUCCUCUUGUCCGACCAAUCUUUGUCUCCCCGUAUACUCGCAUCGUACGGCAGGAGGUCGACCAGGAACUGUGAACACUAUUUAGUAGCAGCGUGAAUUUCAAUAUUCAUACAUAUUAUUUGCUUGUCGGUCGGUGGAAAGCUUUGAAGAAGAUGUCUGGGCAGAGCAUUACAGACAGGAUAACUGCUGCUCAGCAUAGCGUUACUGGAUCAGCCGUAUCCAAAACAGUGUGCAAGGCAACAACGCACGAAAUAAUGGGUCCUAAAAAGAAACAUUUGGACUACCUGAUACACUGUACCAAUGAGAUGAAUGUCAACAUUCCUCAGCUGGCGGACUCUUUGUUCGAGAGGACCACCAACACCAGCUGGGUGGUGGUCUUUAAGUCUCUAAUCACAACACAUCACCUCAUGGUAUACGGGAACGAGCGAUUUAUUCAGUACUUGGCUUCCAGGAACACAUUAUUCAACCUAAGUAAUUUCCUGGACAAAAGCGGCCUACAAGGUUACGAUAUGUCAACAUUCAUUCGGAGGUAUAGUCGAUAUCUGAAUGAGAAAGCGGUUUCAUAUCGACAGGUGGCAUUUGACUUCACGAAAGUAAAGCGUGGGGUGGACGGAGUGAUGAGAACCAUGAACACAGAGAAGCUUCUUAAAACCAUCCCCAUUAUACAGAACCAGAUGGAUGCCCUUCUUGACUUUAAUGUCAAUGCCAAUGAACUCACCAAUGGGGUUAUCAAUGCAGCCUUCAUGCUUCUCUUCAAAGACUCCAUCCGACUUUUUGCAGCUUAUAAUGAAGGGAUAAUAAACUUAUUGGAAAAGUAUUUUGAUAUGAAAAAAGUCCAGUGCAAAGAGGGUUUGGACAUUUACAAGAAAUUCUUAACUCGAAUGACUCGCAUCUCGGAGUUCCUCAAAGUGGCAGAGCAGGUGGGAAUAGACCGUGGGGACAUACCUGACCUGUCUCAGUUUACCGUGUGUGCCCCCAGCAGUCUUCUGGAUGCCCUGGAGCAACACUUGGCUUCAUUAGAAGGGAAGAAGGUGAAGGAUUCCACCGCUGCCAGCAGGGCAAGCACACUCUCCAAUGCUGUGUCAUCUCUGGCCAACACUGGCAUGUCUUUCACCAAAGUGGAUGAAAGGGAAAAGCAGGCAGCUCUGGAGGAGGAGCAGGCGCGAUUGAAAGCUCUAAAGGAACAGAGGCUGAAGGAGCUCUCCAAGAGGCCUUCGUUCGCCACGACUGACACUUCUCCGGUCUCCACCACAGCAGCAUGCAUCAGCACAGCGCCUGCCAUCGACCUGUUCUCCACUCCUAGCUGCUCCAAUGGUGCCCUGAAGAUGGAAAGCGACCUCUUUGACUUGCCGACUAACUUUCAGUCAAGCAUGCAGCCCGGAGCCUCUGUGGCCACGGCAUGGGGAGAUCCUUUCUCUUCUUCUGAAGCUGUAGAUGACUCCAUUCCAAACCUAAAUCCUUUCCUAACCAAACUUGUUGUUGAUGGUGCUCAUCUACCCGUUAUGUCAUCAGAUGGUGUUAGUUUCUCCUCUAGGACGUCAGGUCAUGAGAUUUUUGGUGAUCAGUACAAUCCCUUUAUUGAUUCAAGUUCAUCUGUAUCAACCAAUUACAAACGCACUGUGCGGAUAGAGCACUUAAUCUCAGACUCAUUUGGUCAACCGUCUAUGGCCCAGCAUCUCCCAAACCCCUCUCCCUUCCAGUCUGAGCCCUCCACUGUAGCAGGCCUAUUCAGAGGAUAUGGAGCUCCACAAAUCCCUCCUCCACAGAGCUCAGGGGAGCUGCGUGUUGACUUUGAGUCUGUUUUCGGUACUAAAGCUGCCUCGUCCAAUAGCCUGGAUACAGAUGCAGGGAUUUUGAAACCCACUGUGGCCGGUUCAAAUCAGUCCUCCAGUCAGCUACCAGAGAAACUGGUGUCAGACGAUCUGGAUUCUUCCUUGGCCAACCUUGUUGGAAAUCUGGGUAUUGGAAACGGUACUACUAAAAAUGAUAUCCACUGGAACCAACCAGGAGAGAAAAAAUUAACUGGUGGAAUGAACUGGCAACCCAAAACUGCUCCAUCUACUACAUGGAACCCUGUCUCUAUGCCACCAUCUAUCAUGGCUUUUCCUGCUACAACACCUACAGGAAUGAUGGGAUAUGGCAUGCCUUCACAGUUGCCCUCUAUGACCAUGAUGACCCAGCCCACAAUGAUGUACACACAGCCGGUCAUGAGGCCAUCCAAUCCUUUCGGAUCAGUGUCCAGCGCACAGCCCUCCGCUGCCUCUAGCCCUUCCAGUCAGAGUCCUCUCAGAGCCCCAGGACAAGACCCCUUUGCACAGCUCUCUCUCAAGGAUUUCUUGUAGAGCUUCGUCUUUUGUCUAGAUGCAGUUUAUGUAACACAAAAUGAAGUUGCUCCCUGAUGUCAAACCAUUAAGCUCUGUCCUCUGUGCCGGGAUGCUCUUCAGAGGACCAAUCCCACGACAUACUCGACGUCAAAGAUGUAAACCAAGUGUGUUGAAAGACUGGGAGCAUACUGCAAUCAUUUCGUAAUUUGUUUAAGAUGUCAAGUGAUGCUGCUGUUCAACCCAUAAAGGGAUUCCUCAUACAUUUUAUAAUCUGUUAAGGUAGGUAAGGGCAUUGAGAGACUUGGAUAUUUUGUGUUCUGAGAAGCUAUAGUUUGAUUUUCCUGCUAGGUUGUUUUUUUUUUUU